GUUAAAGAAAGAAACGCAGAAAGUAAAGCAACGGAAUAAAGAAUAUAGAAAAAAAUAAAUAAAUUCAGAGAUUUUCGAGGAUAGCAAUACAACGGAGGUGCAAUGCUUUCCAAGUUUGGGAUAGUCGUAAUUGUGAUUAUAUCUUUUCAAAGUAUUAUCUAUAUGGGGAUAUACAUGUACUCAACGUUGCACGUUCCACUGAUUAAAGCUAAUAGUACUGCUGCUCAUAAAAAGAGAAGCUCUGGAUAUAUAAGGAGUGGAUUCAAUGAUUCAGAUACAAAGUUCUUGACGAUUUUUACAACAUUUUCAGAAAGGGAACUACCACGUUUCCGAAUUCAGAAUAACACACUUUGUAACUAUGAGAAGUUUCCGAAGCAUUUGACCGAGCGAGCUAUCUUUGCAAGUGAUGGCUUCCAUUUACGAAGAGAUGGAAAAUGUUGGUUGGAAACAGUUUCAAAUAAGAAUGACUCGGACUGGAACAUUAUCAAUCUGGAACCCCAUAUGACUGCAGCUGGUAGACCCGUCCUGAGACAAAUGUUCAUUGAGACACAAAAAAGAUUCAACACAGACCUCUACAUGUAUUCCAACGGUGAUAUAUUAUUUCAUGUUGAAAAACUGAUCACUUCCCUUGAAGAAGUCAAAAGGUUCACGGAAGCCCACAACAUCAGGAGGUUUAUAGUGUUUGGGGCAAGACACGAGGCAAAGUUCUAUAAUUCAGCAAGUAAUGGGACUGUUGAACUCAUGUCUGGAUUAGAUGAUGAAAUCACCCAACGCGGCCAAGGUACCAAACUCGGUCGAUUAGAUGCACAGGAUUACUUCAUCACAAGUGAAACCAGUUUCCCAUGGGAUGCCGUACCCGAUUACGUUAUCAGCCUUCCUGCCUUUGACAACUGGUUACUUAUGUUCAGUAACAAAGCAGACAUUGCAACAUUUGACAUCACUGCCACUAACCUUGCAGUUCACCAAGCAGGGGUUCCAAAAUUCGAAGACAAUAAUUACCAGAAGUCUAUGUCAAGUAAUAGGAAAUUAUGGAAUGAAUCAAUUAUAUCAUAUGUUGGUAGCGGUUUAAAUUGUUGCAAGUGGAAAACUGUGUAUAAGGAAAGUAAAGUUAUAAUGGUAAAAAAUCCAGCAUUCAAUAAAAAUUGUAUUGCAAAAUUAAAGAUCCCCGUUGAAAACCUUUUGGACGAGAAGAUUUUUGAGAGUUAACAAUUAGUUUUCAUCACUUCACUCCCAUAUAUAAAAGAAUUGGAUUCAAAUGAUUUAUGAAGAUGAUUCCUUAAAAUGGUAUUAUGUUUCUCAUUUGCAAAAUAACAAGAUCUAUAUUUUAAAGUAAAUUAAAAUAAAUUGAUGGCAAGCGCUAGGGGUAAUCUGAAUGUAAUGAACGACGAUUUUAUUCGUAAAGUGAUUCUAGGAACUGUAUACAAUGAUUAUAAGGAGACUCUGUUACUCAUAGCUAUGCAUGUGUUCGAUCGCGAGUCAGGCAUAUCUUUACCUUACAUCAAGUAACACAAAUAUGUUUUAUAAUCUUACUUUAUUUCCUC